UCUGAAGUUACGCUUCCGGUAAGGGAAAAUGGCCGCGGCCGUUCAAAACUCACGUGUGAGUGCGGGGAAAAAGCUGAAAAAUUCCUUAAAGAGAAAAAAGAAGAUGAAAAUGGUAGCCAGGGCUGUGACAUCGAAGCUGGAAGAUGAGGGCAAAGACGCUUCCGACAGUGAAGGAAGCUAUGAAUCAGAAAAGGAUUGUAUGUCUGAUGAUGAAGCAAUAGAAGCUGACAAUGAGGAUGAUGUUGAACCCUGUGACAAAGAAGAUGAAAAUGCUGCAGAAUCAAGUGCUGGGACUAAUGUGGGCUGGGCAGAUGCCAUGGCUAAAAUCCUUAACAAAAAAACUCCUAAAAGUAAACCCACCAUUCUCAUCAAAAACAAAGAGCUGGAAAAAGAAAAAGAGAAGUUAAAGCAAGAAAGACUAGAGAAAAGAAAACAGCUUGAUAAGAAGCGGGAGUGGGAAAUGAUGUGCAGAGUAAAGCCAGAUGUCGUCAGAGACAAAGAAACAGAGAGAAAUCUUCAGAGAAUUGCAACAAGGGGUGUGGUGCAGUUAUUUAAUGCUGUUCAGAAACAUCAAAAGAAUGUUGAUGAAAAGAUUAAAGAAGCAGGAGGCUCUAUUAGAAAGCGCACUAAGUUGAUAUCAUCUGUUUCCAAGAAAGAUUUUAUUAGUGUUCUAAGAGGAAUGGAUGGGAGUACAAAUGAAAAAAGUUCAUCUGGGAAGAACCCAAAAGCCAAACAGACUGAAAUCAAAUCAGAAGAUGGCCCAGGUUGGACAAUUCUGCGUGAUGAUUUCAUGAUGGGUGCGUCUAUGAAAGACUGGGACAAGGAAAGCGAUGGGCCAGAUAACAGCAGACCAGGAUCUGCAAGUGACUCUGACACAUAAAGCAGUCUAUAGGAAGCAAUAUUUGCAGUAAUUUAAUUUUUUCUAGAAAAAUACUUUAUCCUGUGACAACUGGGGAAUUAUAAGGAUAGCAUUUGGAAGGUGGGGGGUCCCAAAGAAUUUUAGCAGCUUUGGUGUUUCCUCUUUUCACAUAAAUUUUGUUAAAAUUAUAUUUUCAACUCCAUAUAAUUUAAAGCAUUUUUCCUCAAAACAUUUGUUAAAGAGAAAUAUUAUUUCUAUUUGACCACCAUUUUUCUGGGAUCAUUACAUAUAUACACAUAUUGAUCAUGUCUAUUGGUAUAUUGUUUUAAUAUCACCAGUGUUUGUAGAAAUGUAUUAUCAAUUCAUAAUUAAAAUUAAUACUUUAAAGUUCAUAAUCCUGCCUUCUAACUCAUAGAUCUGUGUAGUUCAGGGGAAUAAUUUGUGACACCUUUUUUUUGUUGUUCAGCUGUUGGGGAAAAAAAAAAACCUAUGCUGUAUUUAAAAUUACAGUAUUUCUGACAUGGGGUGUUGUUGGUAUUUAGAUAAGCUGGAAUGUGCAAUUUAAGAUAUACUGGAUUGCCACUUUUUACCUCCUUUUGUAUACUGAAUAAUAUAAAGACAUUUUUAAGUGUUAGAUUACUUUUGCAUGACAGUACUGAGGUGGAAAUUCUUGUGUAUUUUUUUAAUAAUUAAACAUAAUUUGUUAGGAAGCUUAUUGGACAUGUUUUAGUGUCUCCUUUCUAUCUGUCUCUCUCCUUUUUCUCUCUUUGCCUUGAACAAUUUAGUUAGUAUAAAUUCUUUCAUGGACUACUUGUGAGUAGUCAGAGAAGAGUCAGAAAACAAGUAAUCUGCAUCAGAUACUGCAUCUAAUUUGAGACUUGGCUCCGUAUCAUCUUGAAGGUAAUUACAUUGGAUGACUUUCAUAUCUGGUUAAAAAGAGAAAAGUAAAACUGUUUAUUAAUUAUCAUUUCUGUGAAACUUGGCCCAAGAUAUAAAGUUUGUAAGAGAAUUUGAUAAAUCUGAUAUAUUCCUUUCUGAAAAGGAUCCAUCCCUUUCCUCAGUUUGCCAUAGUAAAAACAGUUUCCUCCUCUCCCCACAAUUAUACACACUUGCAUUGAUUUAUAUAUUCAAGGACAAUCCUAUACCAAUCACAAUGUGCCACAGUAGAGGUGUUUAUAUUUUCAAACAAGUAUUAUAUGACUAAAGUUAAGUUAGCUCAUGGCUUGGUAUUUGUUAUCAUAAAGGAAAGUAUACACUGAUGGUUAAAACAGCAAAGCUCAAAAUGCAGUUUUGAAUUUAUCUCGACUUUUAAACUUUAGUGUCUUAUUAAAUCAUAGAGCUUCCAUUUUGUUAUUUUAAUAUAAGUAAAUAUGAACCAAAAAUUCUUAGUAGUAAUGUAGGAAUGCUUAAUAUCCCAAUAUAACUUUAACACAGAAUAAAUAUUUCAAUAUACUCUACAGUUAAUUUUGAAAAAAAAAAUAGUGCAACACUUGUAAACUUCUGUUCCCAGAACUAGAGAUUAUACUAUAUUGUCUUUUAUUAAACUUGUUUUUAGGUCAUACUAAAUUUUUUUCAAAAAUUUUUCUGAAUAGCACAUUCAAAUGAUAAAAAUGGUAAAUAGCUUUUUCUUUACCAAUUGCUUUAAAACAUACAUGCUUAUAAUCCUUUGUUUAAUUUAGAAAAAUUGAACAAGGCUUUCAAAUUGGAAGUAAUAAGAGUAUUUUCAGAUUUUCUUCAUUUCAAUUUGAAAAUAAAAUUGAGGUGCUUGGGUAAGGGGGCAAGUUUCUUGUUAGAAGGCUAUGAAAAAAAAAUUUAUAUAGAUGAAAUGUCUUCUGUAUGUUAAUAUUUCUGCAUAUUGGCUAUAAAUAUUUAAGCAAAAAUCACUGUAUAAAUAUGAAUCUAAAGAUGGGCAUGUUUAGAAACCAAGUGUGAACUAUAGAUGGGUGUUUUAAAUAGUCUAGCUCUGUCACCUAUACUCAUAUUACUUUGUAUUACAACCUUUAAAUUCUUCUGGCAUCAGUUAGAUGAAGAAUUCUGUGUCUGUUAAUCUUUCUACAUUAUCUUUGAAUUCUGUAAAGAAGGGAAAGAGAAAGAACUGUAAUCCCAUUCUACCUCUCCUUCAUUUAUCUAAACAUAACAAUGUUAGGCUUUUAUUUUGGGUAACUAGAGUAAUAUUGUAAAGAAAUUACUUUUCUCUUUUUAGAAAGAGCUAUGCAAAAUAGAAGCCAAUAAUUUAAAGGUAUUAUUACCUGGUCUGAAUAUUUAGAUGAUUGGGGUUAAUACUCACACUGGUUAUGGUUUCUAAGCAUUGAAAUUUGAAAAUCAAAAGUGGUACUUGUUUAGGACUGAAAAUAACUUAGAAUCAUUGUAGGUUAGCACUUUAGGGUAAAAGUUCAGAACAUGAAAUUGUAGUAUUUACUUUAUUUUCAGGGUACCUAGAAUUCUUCAUGGCUCAAUAAUUAUUUCACUGAUUCCAAAAUAUUCCUUUAAAACUCUUAGAUGGAAUAGUUCAGAAGCUUACCUUCAGUACUGGGAGCCUAAUAUGACUCAUUAAAAGGUUCUGGAAGGCUUGAGGGCAAGUCCGAGUUCUUUAAAAUAUUUUAUCUUUUAAAACAUGGGUGAAGAAAGAGGUGUAUAAGUUUGGGAAACCUCUUAAGGCUUUUUAAUCAAUGUGUUAUGCAAAUAUAAAUAUACUUUUUGUUCAGUGGCCACCAUCUAAACUAAUCCUGUAUCUCUGCUCGACUUCAGGCUGCAUGAGUACUACAGAACUUUAUUAUAAAGCCAUUGGAUUAUGGUUUAUAGAUGACUAAAGAUGUUCUAUUGAAAUGUAAAUGCAGAGAAGGUAUAAAGUUGAAGUGUGAACAGAAACAUGGACAAACUGAAAGCAUGAAUUUUGUUACCCAAGAGUUAAAGGAAUUAUAAAAUCUAAGAAGGUGCUUAAAAUGGAUUCUUCAAGAACCAUGCAUACUUCUGUAGAAAAGAUUGUAGAUCAAAUAAAUAAGCUGGUACUUUUGCAUCCUUUGGAUAAUUUUUUCUUUUAAUAUGUAUAUAAACAGCAAAUUGUGCAUUUUUAACUUAGAUGAGAAUUAAUUUUAGUUGCUGUUAUUUCUUGCCUUAAGGGUCUUAAUAGAAUUUGAAAGGUCUUCGACAUAGCAUUGACUGAAUACCCAUUGUGAGAACUGCGCUAAAACUGUUCCUUUCUCAAAUUCAUGUAUUAGGAUUGGUAUGACUUUAUGUGUGAUAGAUAUAGAGGCUGUCAAGACUUGAGCACGAAGACUAUUUGAGGUGAAUUGGCAGUAGAGAAAAAUUUUGGAAAUAGGAGAGAGAACUUAGUUUGUGCCUACAAAAAGCUCUCUUAUUCAUUCCCCAAGAAAACAGGAAUCUGAAUUGUAGCCAGUAGGGUAGAUGAAUCUUACUGACUACUGCAGCGGAGGUAGGCCUGGUAAAUUUUUUUACCUGGUGAGAUUUUUCUGAAAUUUUAUUUUAAUAUAUCAGUCAAGGGGACCUCUAUAUAGAUUAAGGAGAAGAAUGAUAUUUGAGGUGAAUAAUAAGAUAUUUAGAAUUGUGACUGGUGUUUUAACAAAAUGCUAAGUUCUAAUGAAUCUAAUCAGAACUAUGUAGAUGGAAGAUAUAUUUUAACUACUUAUAAUUAUAAAUUUUUUAAAGAGUGUUUUCUAAGUUAGAGAGCCACUUUACUAUUUUUCAUCCAGUCUACUAAACAUAUUUUAGUAAGUUGGAAUUUAGGACUUUUUAUCUAGAUCAGUGGUGAACCUUUUAUCUUAUCCUACUUUUUUAAGGAAAAUUAUGUCCAAUAUCACUUGACCCCUUCCCCUUUCUGGAGCAGGAAUAUAUAGAUUUCUGUUAAUGUUCUUUUACUUUCAACUAAAUAAGAUAAGCAAGGAUAUAUACUAGAAAAGUCAGCAUAAUUCCUUAUAAUUUGAGUCGCUAGGUCAUUGCUGUCCAACAGGACUCUUCUGUGCUGAUGGAAAUAUUUUGUCCAUACUAAUAGGUAAUCACUAGCUCAGGUGGCCAUUUCAUUUAGUUAUAUGGCAGAACUAAAUCUUUAAUUUUACUUAAUUACUUUAAAUUUUAAAAGCUACAUGUGUCUAAUAGAUCUAUUACAGCUAUAAAGAGAAUAGUCACAGUAUAUAUUUUAGUCUAAUAAAAGCACAGUAGAUUUUGGAAUCAUAAAUUUAUCUUGAACUUUUUCUGUAAAAUUUUAUGGAUAUAUUUAUCCAAAUAAAUAUUGGUAAAUACUGAUAUGAUUUCAUUGGUUGAAUUUUUCAUUUCUUUUUUGACUAUUUUAUAAGAGACAAAUUGCUUUAUAAUUAAAUGGUAUCCUGGAUAACUGUUUGUCCUUAUAAGUAGGCUAUUCUUGGUAACAAAUAGCAUCUGAUCCCCCCCCCCCCCCCAGUACCAGGGAUUGAACCCUUGGGCACUUAACCAGUGAUCCACAUCCCCAGCCCAUUUUAUUUUGAGACAGGGUUUCAGCAGUUGCUUAGGGGCUCUAUAAGUUGUUGAAGCUGGCUUUGAACUUGCAAUCCUCCUGCCUCAAGCCUCCCAAGUCACUGGGAUUAGCAUCUGAUUUUUAACAUUACUGUUUGAAGUUUUUAUAAUUAACACACCAAACUUAAGAUCUUAUUACUAUACUCCAAGAGUUAUAUUUAUGAUGUAUUGGAAAGGAUGUAUUGAGCACUGCUGGAGCAACAGAUGCCAGACACCAUUCUAGUUUUGAAUUCCCAUGAUUUGUACUCAUAUCUGGGUGCUCACUUAUUUAGCAGGUUUUCUGAGAAACUGCUUUUAAUUGUAGGACCCUCUUAAGUCUCCCAUUGUAUUCUAGUAUACUGUCCACAUAUUGCCAGAGCAAUUGUAGGUUGCAGAUUUGUGGGGUGGGGGGGGGAUAGAAAACAAAGAACACAAUGAGUGUUAUUAGCACAGCCAGUUUCAGAUGAUGAGGUGUUAACCACAUUUGUAUAAAUAACAGUUUCUCUAACCCCUGAAUCAUUAUCCUGCAUUUUAAUGCACUUGGUUCAUAAACAUCAAAGCAAGAACACCACAUUUGUAUGGGGUCAGGACCAACUGGGGCCCAGAAUGGAGAGACAGCUGAGAGCUGUGUGCAUGUGCGUGGGUGGCCUUGCAGCUGUUGAUUCACCCUCAGGCUGCUAGACAGUUGCCUCUUUGCUCCUACAGAACCAGACUUCAGUCUUAGGUAAAAAUGUUUCCCCUCCCUUGGAAAGGACAUAAACAAUGAGUAGACAUCAGUUCUGAAAACAUCAAGGAGGCAGCCAGACACAGCAGUUAGUCUGAAAUACUGAGCAGUACCAAGCAUAACAUCAGGGCUCUUUCUGACACAAUAAUAUUUGUCUUUGUACAAUAACACUGGAUUCUCUUAAGUGUAUUAUAAAUAUAAAAGCCCAUCAUUCACAAAGUUCAGUGUGAUUUUAUCCUUUGCAAAUGGCACCAAUGUGAGGAAUAACUUGAUUGCAUGAGUAAUGACUGCCAUAUCUUGGUUGUCUCUAGAUGCUGAGAUAUACUUCUUAACAAUAAAUGAAAUUAUAUUUACAUUUUAGGAAAUGCCAGUAUUUAUUGUUACAUGAGGGCAUAAUUUUGGAAUAAACUAAGUUCAGAAGUCAGUUUGGACUCUUAUUAGCUAUGUGUUCUAUCACAAAUCUCUUAAAUUCUGAAACUGGCAUGUAAAUCAGGUAUCAUGAAUGUAUGCACAGUGCCUGUGUAGCACAGUACCUGAUGUGUGAUAAGUCUUCAAGAAGUGUUCUCUAUUUUUCAUUUGGAGAUUUAGAUGCUAUGCUUCUAGAUUUGACAUUCUUUGUCCGGUACAUAAUUAUAAAUAAAUAAAUCCCCCCCCCCAUAAAAAUAUAAGGUCUGACAUAUACUGGAUACUUACUGAGGUCUAGGAAUGUUCCUGGAAUCCCUCUCAAGAAUUCUUAAGAUUCCAGUUAUAUACAAUGCUAUGUGAACAAUAUUGUAGAGUUUUUCUUAAUCAUCAGAAAUUUUAAACAUCCUCCAAGUAAUAUGAAGACAUUUAUGUAAACUAUGCAACUUCAACUUUUCUGCUACCAUUUAAAUGUCACUGUGAAGACAUGAAAACAUGUCACUCAUAUGCUAGUUAAAUGUAAACAUUAUGAAUAGUCUUAAGUAAAAAUUUUAAGUGCUCCAAAUAUAUUAAAUGAAUAUAGAAUAUAUAGUAUUUUUUUUUAAGAACAUGAUUUUAAGCCAGGCUUGUUGGUGCAUCCUUGUAAUUAUAGUCUGAAAAGUCUCACAUUGAGUAAAAUAAUCCUGACAUUUAUGAGAUUGUAAAACAUGUUUUUUUGCCUACUUACUCUGUUCUAAAACCCAAACUCCAAAUAAUGUUUAAACACUUUUAGGGUUCAGGGAGAGGUAUAUGCAUUAGAUGAAUAUUAAGAGUCUUGUUGGCUAGAAUCCUGGAUUAUUUUUUAAAUUUUACUAAUUAUGCUGCAGUGAACAAUGAACAUAAAAAAUUUCACUCUCAUUUUCACCUGUUUGUCUUCUUUUUUUUUUUUUUUUAAUGGAAACCCAUUUUCUUGUUUUACUUUAGUGCAUCUUUAUCUAUGGUUUUACCUUCUGCAUUUUCAGUUACCCAUGGGUACUCAUGAUCUGAAAAUAUAUGGAAAAUUCCAGAAAUAUAAAGUUCAUAUGUUUUAAUUUUAUGCCAUUCUGUAACAUGAUAAGUUGUUGGACAGUUCUGCCUGAGAUACGAAUCAUCCCUAUGUCCACACUGUAUACACUACCCAUCCACUAGUAGCCAUCUUGGUUAUCAGAUUUGACUGUUGUGGUAUUGCAGUACUUACAUUCAAAACUCUUAUUUAAUAAUGCUCCAACGUGCAGGAGAAGAGAUGUUGACAAUUGGGAUAUUGCCAAAAAGAAGCUGUAAAGUGUUUUCUUUAAAUAAAAAGGUGAAUGUUCUCAAGUUAAUAAGAGAAAAAAAAAAUACUGAGUUGCUAAGAUCUGCAUAAAAUAUUUAUACUCUCAAAGCAUUUUGAGAGCAAUCACAUUCAUAUAACAUUCCAGUAUAUUGUUAUUCUGUAUUAUUAUCAUUAAUCUCUGCCUGAUUUAUAACAAUGAAACUUUAUCAUAAGUGUAUAUGGACAGGAAUAAACAUACUAUACAGGGUUGGGUACUGUCCACAGUUUUAGGGGCCUACUCUAUUUUUUAAAUGUUGCCAUGAAAAAUUUGUAUCUUAAUUAUCUGGAUAUGGCAGAAAUGGACCUACUGGUAUGACUGGAGUGCUGUCCAAUCUUUUGUCUAUUGGGAAUUUACUGUGUAUUGAUAUUGUUCUUUGUAGUACUAAGAUGACAAUAUAUUGUCCGUGCCCUGUGUUAGUGGAAUUAAAUGACUUAAGAUGCAA